GGGCCGAAUGUGGCGUACCUCCCCUCGCCCGAGAGUGUGGGCUCGUGACGCGCCACCGCCCACACCACCGCUGGACUGGGGUGCAUGGCUGCCUUGUAUCCUGCCUGGUCUGUACAUUGGCAACUUCAAAGAUGCCAGAGAUGCAGAACAACUGAGCAAGAACAAAGUGACGCAUAUUCUAUCUGUACAUGAUAGUGCCAGGCCCAUGUUAGAGGGAGUUAAAUAUCUGUGCAUUCCAGCAGCAGAUUCACCAUCUCAAAACCUAACAAGACAUUUCAAAGAAAGCAUUAAAUUCAUUCAUGAGUGCCGACUCCAAGGCGAGGGCUGCCUUGUUCAUUGUCUAGCUGGUGUCUCCAGGAGCGUCACUCUGGUGAUUGCAUACAUCAUGACCAUCACUGACUUUGGCUGGGAAGAUGCCCUGCACACUGUGCGUGCAGGAAGGUCCUGUGCUAACCCCAACUUGGGCUUCCAGAGGCAACUUCAAGAGUUUGAGAAGCAUGAAGUGUACCAGUAUCGGCAGUGGCUAAAGGAAGAAUAUGGAGAGAACCCUUUGCAAGAUGCAGAAGCAGCCAAAAACAUUCUGGGUAAAUAUAAAGAGCAAGGGCAUAUGGAGCCCCAGCCUGGCACCAGGCGGUGGAGCAGCUUUUCAACUCUGCCUCCUCUGACCUACAGUAACUACCUGACAGAGACUUAACAGAGAGAUCUGGCACUUUCCUUCCUGCCUCCUGCCAUGGGUCUUCUGGGUCACCUGUGGGCUUCUUGAGAUGGUAUGCUGGUGUGCUGGCUCCUGCAUCAGAGGACUGCAAAAGGAGGCCACGUGAUGGACCACUCAGGGCUCCUUUCCCUUCAACCUUACCCAGCCCUGUGCCAGGCCUUUUCACUCUGCCCAACUUUGCUCUAAUCUUUACCUCACCUGAGCUUGCUGUAUCUGGGAUGCUACUGGGCUGCUGUAUACUAUUGUGUUUGUACAAGUAUGUGUGUACAUACAAAUGGUACAUGAGCAAAUGAGUGUGCAUGUGUGGGAAGGUGUGUGCUCAGGAGUCUACAAGUCUGUGCACAUGUGAAUUUGCCUCUGAAUGCCCAAGGGUCUACCAGUGUGUUGAUUGUGAGAAAGUGGGCACAUUAAUGUCUUUGUGUGUGAACUCUUUCAUGUUGGAAGGUACAAAACCGUGCUGCCAGGAUUGGUAUAGCUACCUUUCUAUUCAACUCCACAGGGAAGGCAUUUGAACUUGACCUAUGAAAAGUUGUUCAUGAGUAGUAGUUGGUACUUGUGAGUAGACAGUCAGGAGAACUCCAGAGCAUGAGGCAUGAGCAGCUAAAAGUAGUAGCCUAUCUCAGAACCUGGGAUGUUACAGAGGGAAGAAGGGAUCGGGUCCUUUCUGAAGGUAGGUGGCUCCAGCCACUCUGGAAGGGGUGUGUGUGUGUGUGUGUGUGUGUGUGUGUGUGUAGCAGAGAAAAAGGCUUCUGAAUAUUGUAUAAGUGUGUCAGCCCUAUGCUUCCUCCUUCCAAAAAUCAAGGACCCCCUUCCCAGUCCAUUAUGUUCCUGAGUUUUACGUGUUAUCUGUUCUUUGUGACAACAACUCCAUUUGAGUUCCAUGGUAAACUUCAACCAAAGUUACCCUGUACUGGAGGCUGUCAUGUCUCCUGUCCCCUUCAUUUACUCCCAUCUCUUGCUGGUCUCAAUUUGCAGGGGUCCUUUCUCAGGUUUGCAUGCACAUGCAGGAAUUUUAAAGAAUAUUUUAUUAAGCACUGUAACCAUUUUUAUUUUAAAAUCCCUGGACAUUAAUUAGGUUCCUUAUUAAUUUAUAUUGGAACUCAGCUACUUCCUUAAUUUUUGAGGGAUAAGAAUGAUUCUUUGUUAUUCAAGUCAAUUCUGCCUUGUAAUUGAAUAUGUUGGGUCAUCAUUGUUUUGAAGCCAAAGGGAAAGGUAGUAAUAUCAUCUAGCUAUUUAAAAUUUCCAGUUUAGGGGCUGGAGAGAUGGCUUAGUGGUUAAGCACUUGCCUGUGAAGCCUAAGGACCCCGGAUCAAGGCUUGAUUCCCCAGGACCCAUGUUAGCCAGAUGUACAAGUGGGUGCACACGU